ACACUCCUUAUCUCUUCGGUUUGAACGUCGGUCUCUCUCUAGGAAGAACAAAGAUGCCUGAAGGAGACGACGUAAACCCCAAAUCUUCUGAAAAACAACAAAAGCAAGAAGAAGAAGAAGAAGAUGAAGAUUCGGAAGAUGAGCUUGAAUCUGAUGACGAAAUUCCCGAAAUUGAGGAAGAGCCCGAGGAAGAAGAGUCGGAGUCUUCCGAUUCCGACUCAGAUGAAGACGACGAACCGGAAGUAGAAUCCGCCGGCGGACCCAUUGCAGAAUAUGUCGACGACAAUGCUGAAAUCCCAGAUGAGGAUGAGUCUCCUGAUGCGAACGUGAAGCGUUUCAUGAGAGUCCUUAACAGCAAAAGCAUGCGGAGGGAGCAAGAAGAGGAAGAAAAAGAUAACGUUUAUCAUGAAGAUUUAUUCGAUUUCCCUAAAGACCCAGAGAACUGGAGAGAGCAGGAUUUGAAAGAGCUUUGGGGAGAUGCUCCACCCGCCAUGACAAAACCAGGAUGGGACCCUAAUUGGAUUGAUGAAGAUGAGCUUGAGAUAAUAAGAGAAGAAAUUGAAGAUGGAAACGACCCUCCAAUUGCUCCAUUCUAUGUUCCUUAUCGCAAGCCUUAUCCUGUCAUUCCUGAUAACCAUUUUGACAUUUCCAAUCCUAAGUCUGUCAUUGAAGAACUUGAUCGAAUUGAAGAGUUUAUGAUUUGGGUCAGCUACAUUUUCGAAGAUGGAAGCUCUUAUGAAGGUACUGUCUGGGAUGAUUUGGCUCAUGGAAAAGGUGUUUACAUUGCUGAGGAAGGUCUUGUCAGAUACGAAGGCGAAUGGCUUCAGAACAACAUGGAGGGACAUGGGGUUGUUGAGGUUGACAUACCCGAUAUAGAACCGGUUCCAGGGUCAAAGCUGGAAGCGAAGAUGCGAGCAGAAGGAAGAAUGAUAUAUAGAGAUUCCUUGUCCCCAGAGGACAGGAGAUGGCUGGAGAUGGAUAUAGAAGAUACAAUGCUUAUGCAUGAUGGAAAUUGGGAAGUACCUUUUUAUGAGAAUGAAGAAUGGGUUAAUUCUUUUGGUAGCAAACCAGAGAAGGGGCGGUAUCGAUAUGCUGGUGAAUGGAAACAUGGAAGAAUGCAUGGCUGCGGUGUAUAUGACUUCAAUGAACAGCCCACCUUUGGUCGGUUUUACUUUGGAGAGUUCUUGGAGGAUCCAGAUGGCUGCGAUGAAAAUAUUUCCGCUAUGCAUGCAGGUAUUGCUGAGGUUGCUGCUGCUAAAGCCAGAAUGUUUGUUAACAAGCCUGAUGGAAUGGUAAGGGAAGAAAGGGGUCCUUACACUGAUCCACAACAUCCAUAUUUCUACGAAGAAGAUGAUGUUUGGCAGGCUCCAGGCUUCAUCAACCAGUUCUAUGAAGUUCCUGAUUACUGGAAAAUGUACAUUCAUGAAGUCGACGAGGAAAGACAAAUGUGGUUGAACUCCUUCUACAAAGCUCCGUUGAGACUUCCCAUGCCUGCCGAGCUUGAACACUGGUGGUCUAAUGAGGAGAAACCAGAGUUUAUCCUCAUUAACAAGGAACCGGAACCAGAUCCAGAAGAUCCGACAAAGCUGGUAUAUACCGAGGAUCCUCUCAUCUUGCACACCCCGACGGGACGAAUAAUCGAUUACGUUGAAGACGAAGAGCAUGGGGUUCGUUUGUUUUGGCAACCGCCUCUUAAAGAAGACGGAAGCUUGGAGGAUCCGGAUGAUAAUGGUUUAGUCCUCCCUCUAGGUUUUGACGAGUUUUAUGGACGAGUAAAGGUUGUGAAGGAAAAAAACAUGUUGGGCCGUAUUCUGACUGGAUUGGAGAACACAUUGAAGCCUACACUUGAGAAGAUUGAUAAAUGGGUCGAAGAGAAGAAGAAAGAAACUGAGGAGGAUAUGGAGUUGAUUGAGAAAGAGCUUGAGUGUGCUGAGGCUGAAAUGGAUUUAGAGGAGGAGAUUGAGGACAUGGAUGAAGAACUGAAACUGAUACAGGAAGAGGAGGAGAGGAAAGUUGAGGAUAAUAAAGAAGGAGAUGUUAAUAAUGGCGGUGUUACCAGCCAAGAUGAUGCUCGGACUCAGGCUCGGGCUGGUCUGGUUGAAGAAGCAGAUGCCGAAGAGGAAGAAGACGAUGAAAACGAAGAAGAGGAAGAUGAUACCCAGCCAUCAAGUUUUGGGUCCAUAGCAGAUGACAAAACUGAAGACGCGGUUCAGAAAGGAAACAAGCGCCCAAAAUCACCUUUUUCUUCAUCUUCGUUGUCAUUCGCAUCAAGCAGCCUGGCAUCACCUUUUAGCCUGGUUUCAGCAGUUCCAUCGCAGGUGCAGAGGACAUUUCUGGCAUGGAAGAAUCGGAGAGUAAUAGGAACAGCAACAUCAGAAGGAGGAGACAUGUCUACUCCUCCAUCAUAUUCUUGUGCCAGUUUUCCAAACAAAGGGAAACAAAACUGGUCCUUGAAGGCGAGAAAGCAGACAGAGGUUCGAGUCAUGCACAUGAGCAAGAAGCAGUCACAUUUACCAUGGCUCUCGGCCUGCAGCUCUUCUUCGACGAAACCGGGAAGUAUCUUAGAGAAGGAAAGUUGGCCAUAUGCAUACCACCCAGCAACCAGUUUGCAGAACAUACUUUCUCUCCAUUAUAGCUUGGAUGUGGGCAUACAAUAGUUGUAGUAGCUCAACUUCCUAUCACUCUUAAAUCACUAGUGAUUUUUGUUUUUGCUGUUGUUCAAUUUGUAUCAUUUGAAUUAAGUUGUAGUUGAGUCAUUUAAGUAUAUUAUUACUCAAUUGUUUUACAUACUUUCUCAUUGAGGAUUAAAUAAUGUCAUUACAUA